AUGGCAGGAGACAGUCCAGGAUCUGUUAGAUCGGCGUUCCAGGUGACGCUACAGCAGAGCUUCCAAGAGACCGAAAGAGAAACAGAGCAGGAGUAUUGGGAGGAGGAUAAGGUCGGGAAGAGGCUGCCCACAUCGGUCGGUGGCUAUGACAACCACCACUUCCGGUCCGUCCCUGUUUACGGCCCACCUCAGCACGGCCAGCGCGAAAUUUGUAUCCCAUUGCGGGUGUCCGCCUGCUCUAAGGUGAGCGUUGCAGGGAGGAGGGAGACGAUAUCAAAGAACUCUCUCACUUGGGCCCCAGUUCGGUACUUCCGGAGACCAGAGGGAGGGAAGGAAGCAGGCCCGGGCCGGAGUCGACAGCCUCGCCGAGGCUGCCGAGAUGAGCGUGCCGGCGCGGCCGCCUACUGCGGCAUCACCACUUAGUCUGGGAAGUCGCUGUGCCGCUUCCCCAGAGACCCGGCCGUGCGGCUGCUGCGGGCCCGCUUUGUGUAGGGCUGCCGCACCGACUGGUGAGGCAAUGACCGCUGCGUCGUCUGCCCUGACCACUUCGCCCCUGCCUGUCUUGACGUCUCUUCGGUUAUCCAGAAGAAGCUGCGCUUUUCCUAGCGCCUGAGGCUCGUGGCCGGCCCCGUGCCCACCCUGCACCGGGUGCCCGCCCCAGCACCUAAGGGGGAAGAAGAGGAAGACAUAGAGGGCCACCCGGGAAAGGCUGCCCAGGGUUCAGUCUCCUGUACGCGCCUCUGGGCCGUGAAGAGGGCUGCGGCCUCCCAAAUUACACGUGAAAAUGAAGUUAAACAAACACAAGUCCGUGCUGAUAACAGAACUAAUGCUGUCACUUCAGCACCUACUCACGGUGAAGAAGUCCCCGUGCAUAAAAGAACACAAGUUUCUGUGAAAAGGCCCCCUCACCGCAAUGUAGGUGUUCAGGACAAGCUGAAAGUAUUAGGAAAACAGCUUAAUGCAACUGCGCAGACAGACAAAUUGUGGCCUAGAACCUCCUCUGUCUUUGACAUUUACUCCAGCGAUUCAGAAACAGAGACAGAUUGGGAUGUGGAGAGUGCACAGCGUGAGUUGUCUUACAUAGCUGGACAGGUGAAAGAAGAAAGGUGUUAA